CUCUCUCUCUUUUUCUCUUCCUUUCGCCGCUGGCUAUCUCUUCUACCGUCUUUUUUCCCCCUAUCUAUCCCCCUACCUGUAUGUCUCCGUCUCUCUCCUUUCUCCCCCUACUGUCUCUCUCUUUCUCUAUCUCUCUCGCUCUAUCCGUCUAUCCUCUUCGACAUCACCUCACGCAGCAGUGCCGUGUUGUAGUGUCGUGUCAUCCCGCGGUACGUCAACGAUCCUCCCGGACUGAAGGCAAGGAUCGACCGGGUCGAGAGUACACUCUGCGAUUACCGGGGCCGGUCGAUCGCCGGUCUACAGUAGGGUGAAGAAAGUGAACCCGCGGUCACCGUGAAGGUGAAGGGAGUGAUAUUCCCGAUGGAACGCGCGUUCUCCUGACACCGAUAGACGGAAGUUCGCGGCGAAUGAGUGAAAUAUUUGGAUGCGAGAAAUCUGGUGAAUCUGUUUUCGAUUCGUACAGUAAGAAGCCGAGGUCGCACAUUGGUGAAAUUUGCCGCGGUGAUUGACAUGUCUGUCGUGAUUGAGCCUGUGCGUUGAGAAUGAUUUGGUAGACUUGAGGAUCAUCAUCCGGUGUCGUACCAUACCGACGAUUUUUCGCAUCUGCAUGAAUAGCCUAAUGAUUGCGCUUGGAGUGAAAAGGGUAAGAGAAAGAGUCGUCUGGUGACAGUUGGAGGCUCGAUUGUGAUCCGAGGUGGUCCGCGCGAUCCCGAAGACAGCUAUUAUCGAACGAGUGGCAAGGUGCGCUGAGGAAGGGGACAUUCGGUGAAGGUGUCAAACGUCGGCGGCACCUCAUUGACAUUUCCGUGACAUUUAGUGCGCGAUUCGAGUCGAGUGCCAGACACCUUUUCGUGUAACACGCGUGUCCCUCACUGUUACACGACAGCGAGACCUCGCGACUAGCUCGCGCGGGUAGCGUGUCGUGGAAAAGCGAACGCGACGAGCGGGAGAGGACCAUACGCAGUGCGGUGGAAAGGAAGUGUAACGAGGGCCAGGCGGAGUCGAUGACGCGUUCUGCGUGCCUUAUCAGCGGCGGAACCGGAGCGCGGUGACGGCGAAGACUCGUCCAGAGACUUAUCUGUCUCUCGGAAUCCUUCAGUUGCACGUGUACGGCGUAGAAUACAAGUAACACGGCCUGCGCUCUCCGCGGAGGUCUGUCUCCAAACCCUGGUCGAGUGAGCAACGGGAUCCACGACGGUCUACCUGAAACGUAGAGCUCCCGUUGUGGAGCAACAGGUGGUUAUAUCUGACGAUCGUCGAACGAGGUUCCCCCCCGCGACUCUCGACGGGCAGAGCCGGAGAUUUUUCACUCGGUUGGAGGUUGACGCUGGUAGCCAAACUGGACAUUCUUACCGCCACGUCGGGAAGAACGGAGUGGAGAUGUCCGCGGGUCGCUGAGAGAAUGAGGGAGCUGGACACCGAGAGCCCUGUCGUCUGGCCGGCCUGGUGUUAUACUGGUGAGGUGUCGGGCGAGAACGUGUCCGCGGGCACGGGACCACGUGGUGGCGACCGUGGAGAGGCGGCGGAUUUAGGUACGCACACGGAAAACAACGACGGGGCCACCCUGGCAGCGAACACAGCGGUCGACGCCAGGGGGGGAAGCCCUCAGGGCGCCCAUCUGUCCGGUGCGGCAACCCCCAGACCUCCGCGGGGUAGGAGGCGACAGAACCAGAAUGGUCUCGACACUGCCCAAGUUAAAACGGAACGACUCACACCUGACAACAAUUCGACGUCGUCGAGGAGCGUGACGCCUUCUUCGUCGAGUCACCCGGGUACGCCGCCAAAUGCUACGCCCUUGGGGGGACCCGAGGGUCCACCCCAUCAUCUCAAGCACAUGGAGCAGAUGGGGCGAAACUAUAGUGAUUUCAUGAGGAGUCUCGCCGCCAAAUACAACAACGCCAACCCUAACGAUUACUUUAGCACGCCAAGAAACGGUUACCCUCCGGGUUUAGACCCAAGGUUUCCAGCGUUCAAGACUGCAGCGACGCCGUUCGUUGGUUUGAUGGCGCCGUUAGGGGCUCCGCAACCGUCGACUGUCCAGACGACCUCACCGCUCUCCAACAAAGAUCCGAAGGAGCCGAAGCAGGAUAGUCUCUUCGGCAACCCCGUGUUUCCGCCUAUGAUCGACAUGUCGUCCACCCAGGCCCUGUUGCACAUGGUGCGAACUGCCAACGCCGCUCAAAGCGCUGCGGAAUUGGAGACGUAUCUCAAAGGCGCGAACAAAAGGGACGCGGGGGUGACGAGUCCCUUAGACCUGUCGAGUCCCGGUGGCUUCGCACCUCGCAAGCGGCAAAGGCCGGAAACAAGGAGGUCCGAAAGCGUGUCACCCAAGCCGAAACCUACCGCGAGACCAAGCACACCUCCGCCGGUCAGGUGUCCGACUCUCUACGGCCACAUACCUUGCGGCGACGGGCAAGCCGUGAAUCGUUGGACCAUCGAGGACGUCGUCAAUUACGUCUCGUCGAUCGACAUCUGCGCCGAGUACGCACAGAAUUUCCGGGAGCACCGUAUAGACGGUGCGGCGCUGCCGCUACUCUCGGAGAACCACCUGACAGGCACGAUGGGCAUGAAGCUCGGUCCAGCCUUGAAGCUGCGCGUGUUGUUGGCUCGGAAACUCGGUGCCUGCACGGUAUGCUUGCACUGUGCCCACUGUCACCAAACGCCGCUACCGGCGUUGAGCGCAGCGGCCGCGGCGGUGACGCAACAGCAGCAACAGCAGCAGCAGCAGCAGCAGCAGCAACAACAGCAGACGCCGAGUCGACGACCCAGCAGCACAGGGAACUGACAAACAAUGGCGGAGACUCCCCCAUUGGGGUCCGAGACAGCAGCGGUCAGCC